AUGGUGUGGUCUAGUUCAGCGAUCAUAGCCACCUGGACGAAAUUGAACUUGAUUCAACAUAAGUCUCCGGUGCCUGGCGCGUGGGCCUCCUCCCAUUUCUCUCCCCUUCCCUCGAUCCCCUCCCCUUCCGCUCCCGCGAGUGCCGACGCCGCCUCCCACCGCCAUGUCCCUCUUCGCCGCGGCUCGCCGGGGAGCCAUGGGGCUCAUCUCCGGCGCCCGACACGCCUCCGCGCCCUCCCCCACCAUCAUCAACGCCGCCGCCUCUCUGGACGCCGCGCGCGCCGCGCGUGGUCCAACGUCUUCGACCGCGCCACCCUGACGAUCGGCGCUGCCGAGGGCGAGAUCCGCGCCGCGCAGUACUUCUACGAUCUGGCCGCCCCGGCGCUCGCCCGCGCCUCCGCCUCGGGCGCCUCCCGGGAGGGAAUCAACCUCAACGUCCGCGCCGCUACCUCUGACCUGAUCGAGGGUUCCUUGUCUGUGCUGCGGGCAUCGAGCAUGCUCCGCGGCGCGACCUCCAGCAACCUCCGGGAAGCGGGGUCGAGCUACCUCGACGCUGCCGCAUCCAUGCUGCGUGCCUCUGAGACGCCGGGCGAUUCCGCGCUGUGCCACUUCCGCGCGUCGGCGUCAGCCAUUGGUGCAGCUGAAGCUGCCUUCCGCGCCGCCCUCGUCGCCCUGUCUGAUGAUUACCCGUUAACCAACUCCAGUGGCGCCUCCAGCGGCGAUGACUCGGAUCUUAUCCGCAUCAUCAACAGCGAGCUUGAGUCAGCCUUGAGAUCUGAUGAUCACCGUAAGGUCGACAAUAUUCUCACAGAAUUCCCAUUCGAGAUGGGCGACAAGGGAUCCGCCGGCCUAACCUUCACCAGGAAUUUUCAUGACGAGGAGAUCGAGGUAAUGCUUUAAGCAUGUUCAAGUGCACUGCCUAUCCAAAUGAGAUAGGGGUAAACACGUUGUACAUGAGGUCGAUAACGGGAGAUGAUGACCAAGAGGAAUAUACUGUUUCUUUCGAGGGCCCAGAAUCAAAUGAGCCGUUGCAGAUGCUAUCCAAGAGGUAUUUGGAGCUGCGUGGAGUUGCUUUCAUCAACUCCGUCUUUCUGGAUCAGGUGGUGAGGAACAAAGGAGUCAUUGGGAGAAUCUUCUGGUUGGGUAAGUUUAAGGAAUUCGUGAGGUCAUCAAAGUGAAUGCGGUAGUCAUGUGGAAGCAUUAAUUCUUGGAUAAGUUAUGUCGUGGCAGCAUACGAAUUUUGUAGUUAUAUAUCUCCUGGCACUCCGAUCCUUCUCCUGCACUGCUUAUUUUGGCUUGUGUUGACUAGUUAUCGGUUUCUGAAUUAAAGGAUAUGACAAGUUUGCCUCGGGAGUCGGGAGUAUGAUAAAUGCCUGCUUGAUUGUAUGUUUGCUGUUACUGCAUGAUGAAGUUUGACUAGGGUAGUAGAUGACAUGAUGAGCAAAUUAAAUAUUAUCAUUGAGUCACUGAUAAUCUGGUGUAUUAGUUGGAUGGAUCCCUUGCAAUAUAGUGUCUCUGUUUUCGGAUUGAUGUACGUAGGUGACAGAUACAUCAGUAGCAGCAAUGUAGGGAGAUGUAGGUGAGAAGUAAGUAUCAUGUGCAGUGCAUCACAUUGACAUGGGCUAAGAACAUUAAUCAGGAUAUGUAGUAGCUCAUGUGCUUAAUAACCUCCACCGUUAGAGGGUUAGUAGGGGUAUAUCAUGAACAUUUACCUAUGCCAAGUUGGUUGAUCAAAGUUAUGAUCUGACGAAAGCCAAGUAGUGCACUUGCACACAACUUAGUUGUAAUUCCUAUCGAUGAGUUACUUGAUUGUUUUGAUAUGGUCUAAUUUUGCAUGCAUGGUUUUGCAUUUCCUUUUCCAUAGAUAGUAGCAUCUUCCCUUCUUCUUUUUUAUAUUCAAUCGAAAAGGAACAGGAUUAAAGCCAUUCUUCAUGCACGUUGUCUCUUGAAAAAAAUACUGAUGGUGAUUUGUGCCCGAGAGGAGAUGGUUUCACAGGGCAGGUGAAGCGCAGAAGAAUAUUUUCAUUUCUCCAUCUUUCUUGGGCUUCUACUUGGCAAAUUCUUCAGGCUACCGAGGCCCCAGGGAUCAGCUCUGUAGCUCUUUCUUUGGCUCGGUAGGGCCAACAGUUGUGCUCUUCCUACUCAGGCUUUUUUCUUUCUUUUUUCUCUUGUAUGAAUAGUGAUAUUCUAGCGUGAUUGCUUUCGCACUCUGCUCUGUUCUCUGAUUCUAACUGACAAAAUUCAGUAUUUUGCAAGCUUUUUAUCCCGAUAAUUGUGUUUUUAUCCAAUGGAAUCAUAAAUUUCAUGCAACUUAAGCAUUGAAACCGUGCAGCUGAGCGUUACUCUUAUUUGUUUUUCUGCUUAACUUUGUGUUCCACAAUCCAUGAGAGAACCAGUACAAAAAUCUGUGUAUUGUUAUAAUGCGAUAAUACGGUUUGUCUAUGCCAGUUUUGGAAGAACCAAUGCAAAAAAUGGGCUUAUACUCCCUCCGAUCAAUAGUACUUGUCGCUCAAAUGGAAAUAUCUAGACUCAUUGCAGUGCUAGUUAUAUAUCCAUUCAAGCGAGGGAGUACAAUACGUCACCAAAUCAGGCAUUUUUUUUUGUGAUCAAAUCUUGUACCUGGGUGAUUUUUAUUCUACUACAAAAUGUUCACUUCUUUCUUGGAGGGGCUGCUCUGCAUGAAUCCUACGGUUUUGUAAUGAAUUCAGUAGGGUGGCGAUUUUUACUCUACUACAAAAUGUGCACUUCUUUCCUGCAGUCGCUGUUCUGCAUGAAUUUUACGAUUUGUAAUGAAUUUGAGGGGGAAAACGACUUACAUCGGGCUAUCGGUCAGAGCGCAGUUAAAUCCUGGAGGUAUGAUAGAAACCGGUUGGAAAACAUUGUGCCCACGAUUUGUUAUCAAUCUUGGAGAUAGGAAACGACGAUGCACAUCAAGCGUAUGAAUGAAUCCCGGAGAUAGGAAAACGAUGCACAUUGGACGACCGAUUAAGAGCGGUACGCUGGUUGGGUUGUGUGCUUGCCACGUGCUGCUUGAUGCGCCGGUUAGGUUGUGUGCUUGCCACGUGCCGUUGUUCAUCUCGUCCUUCCCAUGAAUGUCAGAACGACUUGACCUGAUAUAAGAAUUCACGGUUGUUGUCGAUGCUGCAAAUGGUUGCUUGCCGGACUGCGAGCGAUUGGUAGUAAUUUGUCGACGCGGAGCGAGAGGAUGCACGCGGCCUCAAUGAUGCUAUGAGCGAGAGGUUGUAGUGUUGCAAGGGAUGUCGGCGAUGCUACGAGCAAGAGGACACAUUGCUGCAAGCGGUGUUAGGAUGUUGCAAGACGUUGAUGUGAGGCCAACUAGUACCUUGAGGGGCUAGUAAUGCUGCGACGACAUGCGGUACAAGCUUUGAUCGUGGUUUGAAAAAGAAAGGGGCUCGAGCCACCUUUAUAUUUCAAAG